UAAAUAUCCCUCAAUGCUUUUAACCACAUACACACAGCCACUUGUAUUCAAACAACUCACACAUUAAGCAGAUCUCAUAGAUAUCAUUCACAGCAAUGGUUGAGUUUUCCUUGGAAGAUUUAUUGAUCAAAGGUGCGAUUUUCGUGAUCGUUCAAGCUCUGGUUUAUCUCAUCCUCUCCAAUUCCUCUGAUGUGUUCUCGAAGAGCAAGAUGAUGAGAUCGUUUAGCUUCAAACCUGCACGAUCUGUUAGUAUUCGCCGAAUGUUUGCUGCAAUUUCGGAUAUGCCUCCCGGCGGCGAGCAGUCUCCGUCGUCAUCUCAGAGAGGGUUUCCGUUCUCGUCGUCGGAAGAUGAGUUCAAUAAAUUUGACUAGAUUUAGCCAUUGUAUUUUAAACAGGGGAAAUUAUUUUUUUAUUCGUCGUAUCCUCUUUGAUUAUAAACAUUUGGAAAUGAAUUGAUUAUCGAUGUAUUUGAACAAAACUACCAAAAAGAAAUUGUUGUCGGAGUUGAAA